AUGUCAUCUAUUUUCUCGAAGAAGAGCCUGCUUAGGCUAUCGCUGGUGGCUGCGCUAGCUUCUCCAGCAGUUGGUUUUGCCUUUGACUACGGAACCGAAAAGGUUCGUGGUGUCAAUCUCGGUGGCUGGCUGGUAUUGGAACCAUGGAUUACACCCUCAGUCUUCGACAACGUUGGCGCUGCCGCGGUUGAUGAAUGGUCACUCUGUGCAACUCUUGGGCCGGACCAGUGCCGCACCGUUCUCUCGGAUCAUUGGAACACCUUCAUCACUCAAGAUGACUUCAGCCAGAUUGCGGCCGCUGGCAUGAACCAUGUUCGAAUUCCUAUCGGCUACUGGGCUGUGCAGCAUCUCGAGGGCGACCCCUUCGUUGACGGCCAGCUCCAGUACCUUGAUGCCGCGGUUGGCUGGGCUCGCGCUGCUGGUCUGAAGGUGAUGAUUGACCUGCACGGCGCUCCUGGAUCUCAGAAUGGUUUCGACAACAGUGGAAAGCGCGGUGCCAUUGCCUGGCAGCAGGGUGACACCGUUCAGAACACCAAGACCACCAUUGAGUCUCUUGCUGCACGAUACGGUAGCGAUGCAGAUGUCGUCACUGCCAUCGAAGCUCUGAACGAGCCCAGCAUCCCUGGCGGUGUAAACCAGGAUGGACUCAAGCAGUACUACUAUGAUUCCUGGGGUGUCGCCCGCGAGGCGAGCCAGGAGACCACAGUAGUCCUUCACGAUGGCUUCGUUCCUAUCGAGUCCUGGAACGGGUUCAUGAGCGAGUCCACCGGUGUUUACUACGUUAUGAUGGACACUCACCACUACGAAGUCUUCGACAACGGUCUGCUUGCCAUGAACACUGCUUCCCACGUCAGCAAUACCUGCAGCUUCGUCAACGAUCACGUCCUCCACACUGACAAGUGGACAAUUGUCGGAGAGUGGACUGGAGCCAUGACCGAUUGUGCCAAGUACCUCAACGGAAAGGGAAUUGGUGCCCGUUACGAUGGCACUUACCAGGGCAGCACUAGACUCGGUAGCUGUGAUGGCAAGGCUGUCGGCAACAUCGAUACUCUUACCCCCGAUGAACGUACCAACAUUCGUCAAUUCAUCGAGGGCCAACUGGAUGCUUAUGAGAAGGGCAACGGCUGGCUCUACUGGACCUGGAAGACCGAGGGCGCCCCGGAGUGGGACAUGCAGAUGCAACUUGCCGGUGGUGUCUUCCCUAACCCGGUCACUAGCCGCCAAUUCCCUGGCCAGUGCUAG